AUGGCGCUCCUCGCGAGAAUCGCCAAGUGUGAGACACGGUUUACGAGAUCUUAUAGCAAUGCUACUCCGAUGGUUAAAAUGUAUAUCGAUGGACAAUUCAUAGACUCAAAGGCUACAGAGUUCACGAAUGUCCACGAUCCAGCAACGAAUCAAUUGCUAUAUCGCACUCCAAAAUGUACGAGAGACGAGAUGGAAAGUGCGGUACAGAGUGCACAGAAAGCAUACGAGAAGUGGCGACAUACCAGCGUGCUAACGAGACAAAAUUUGAUGCUAAAGUAUCAGGCUCUUAUUCGCGAACACUCGAAAGAGAUUGCGGUGAAUCUCGUGAAAGAAAAUGGAAAGACUUUGGCUGACGCAGAAGGAGAUGUGCUUCGAGGUCUUCAGGUUGUUGAUUCAUGUGCAUCGAUUCCGGUGCUCCAAAUGGGAGAAUCUACGCCCAACAUCGCCACGGAUAUGGAUAUUAUCUCAUAUAAAAUACCUCUCGGUGUUACUGCAUCCAUUUGUCCCUUCAACUUUCCCGCCAUGAUACCGCUUUGGUCGUUUCCGAUAUCGGUCGCAUGCGGGAAUGCCGCUAUCCUGAAACCGUCGGAGCGGGUACCAGGUGCAUCCAUGAUCCUCGCUGAUCUCUUUACGAAAGCCGGUGCACCAGCUGGCCUUUUAAAUGUAAUACACGGUCAACAUGCAGCUGUGGAUUUCAUCUGCGAACAUCCCGAUAUCAAGGCCGUCUCGUUUGUCGGUUCUGAUCAAGCGGGCAAGUAUAUUUACAAGCAGUGUAGCGCGCACGGAAAAAGAGUACAGUGCAAUAUGGGUGCUAAAAAUCAUUGCGUUGUCCUGCCAGACGCGAAUAAGAACAAAACAUUAUCGCAAAUCACUGGGGCGGCUUUCGGCGCUGCCGGGCAGCGAUGCAUGGCACUCUCGAUGGCCAUUUUCGUAGGCAGAUCUAAGGAAUGGAUACCCGAACUAGUAGAAGCAGCGAAGAAAUUAAAGGUAAAUGCCGGUCAUGUGCCCGGCACGGAUCUAGGACCUGUUAUAUCACCACAAGCAAAGCAGAGGAUCAACGAGUUGAUCGAAUCAGGUGUUAAAGAAGGUGCGAAAUUGUCUCUCGAUGGAAGAGGUAUUGUUGUGUCUGGCUUUGAAAACGGGAACUUUGUCGGACCCACAGUGUUAACUGAUGUUAAGCCUACAAUGAAGUGUUACACAGAAGAAAUAUUCGGACCCGUUUUAUCGUGCAUGUUUGCUGACACUACCGAUGAGGCUAUCGACAUCAUCAAUAAAAAUCCUUAUGGCAAUGGCACGGCAGUUUUCACGACAAAUGGAGCGACAGCCAGGGCAUUCGUGAACAGAAUCGAAGUCGGCCAAGUUGGCAUUAACGUUCCCAUACCCGUCCCCUUACCGAUGUUCAGUUUCACUGGCAAUAAAGGUUCCUUUCUCGGCGAUAUGAACUUUUAUGGAAAAUACGGGGUAAAUUUCCAUACGCAAACGAAGACAAUAACACAGCUAUGGAGAUCAAGUGAUGCUACCGAUAUCGCAUCGUCGACGGCAAUGCCAACUAUGCAAUGAGGCUGUGAUUUACCAAAACUAUACGAUAUACCAAAACUUCACUAUGUUCCA